UCACCAAAUAUAAUGCAGUUAACCGGUGGACCUGGCGAUCUAGAAUCUAGAUUUGCCGCAAAUUGUAACAACCAGCUUCCUAUUUAUACUUUAGAAAAGUUUGUUAACCUUUCUUCUCCCAACUAACUUGAACCGAAAAUUAGCAGUAGCUACAUACUAAAUAAUAAUUCAUAUUAAAAUCCAAUCCAGAUAAUAAUAAAUAAUCAAAUUAAUAUGAACAGAUCACCAAAUUAUAAAUCACUAUCAGAUUCAGAUGAACAACAAGAACAAGAAGAAGAUGAAUUCUUUCACCACCCACUGGCUCACACCGAUCCUUUACUUCCUUCACCAGAUCAAAACCCUAAUUCAGAUGACAUUAACAACACUGAUCUCGAAACCGAAACCGACACCGAGCCGAAAACCGAAACCGAAGCCGAUACCGAAGCAGAGUAUUUGAAAAUAACAGUAUCAAAUCCACAAAAAGAAGUUGAAUCAUCAAGUUCAAUCACAGGAGGUAAAAAUACUCAUGUUACUUAUUUAAUUUCAACUGAAACUAACUUAUCCGAUUACUGCGGACACCGGUUUAGUGUCCGCAGACGGUUUAAAGACGUAGUUACGUUAUCGGACCGAUUAGCGGAAUUGUAUCGAGGGUUUAUUAUACCUCCUAGGCCUGACAAGAGUGUUGUAGAGAGUCAAGUAAUGUAUAAGCAGGAAUUUGUUGAGUUAAGAAGGAAUGCUAUUGAGAAGUAUUUGUUAAGGUUAGGACGACACGUUGUUAUUAGGAAAAGCGAUGAGUUGAGAGUGUUUUUGACGGUUAACGGGAAGCUUCCGUUGUUAGGGAGCGAGUCGGUGACGGCUAGGAUGAUUGACGGUGCGAGCAGGUUAUCGAGGCAGUUAGUUGGUAGUGGUGGUGGAAGUGUUGGAUUUAGGUUGCCUCAAGAUGUUGUUGAAAAAAGUAGGUGGGAUUUUUUUAGGAUUUUUAAGGAGAGCAGUGAUUGGGGUGGUACGGGAUCGAGUUUAUAUGAGCAAGAUUCGGAGUUUCUUAAGAGUAAAGAGAGAUUGCUUAAUCUCGAGAAGCAACUUACGGAUGCUUCCAAGCAGGCAGAGUUGUUUGUUAAAACUCAGCAAGAUAUGUCAGAGACAAUGGGAGCGUUUGGGCUUGCAUUUAUCAAAUUGACAAAGUUUGAAAACCAGCAGGCCGUUCAUGAUACACAGAGAAAAAGGGCUGCUGACAUGAAGAAUCUGGCUACUGCUGCCAUUAAAGCUAGUAGAUAUUAUCGGGAAUUAAGUUCCCAGACUGUCAAGCAUUUGGAUACACUGCAUGAUCACAUGGGAUUAAUACCAGGAGUCCACACUGCAUUUUCAGAACGUUCUAGUGCAUUAUUGACUGUUCAAAGUCUUACAUCUGAACUCGAUUCAUUGUAUCUACGAGCUGAAAAACUGGAAAAAGCAUCUUCCACUACAUUUAGCAAUGAUAGGCCAAAGACACUCAAACUAGGAGAGGUAAGGGAAGCCAUAAGAGUUACUGAAGAUGCAAAAAGCUGUGCCACCAAUGAGUACGCGCGAAUUAAGGAAAAUAACAGGACUGAAAUUGAAAGGCUAGACAGAGAAAGGAAGGGGGACUUCAUAAGCAUGUUGAAAGGAUUUGUGCUUAAUCAGGUUGAUCAACGAGUUCAUCUAAAGCAAAAGAACGCAUUCUCACUUAUCAUCAUUUUAACUUAUAAUUUGUAAAUAAGUUGUAUUGUUUGUAUAUAUUCACAUAGGUUGAUCCGUUUACUUGUAUUGAGUUACGUUAAUGAUACAUAAAGCUUCCUGUUGAUUACCCCUACCAAAUAGCCUUCAAUGAAAGACUAUGUUACCAUUAGUUUCUGAUAUUAGUAUUCUUGUAUUUGCUACUUAUAGGUUGAUCAACGAGUUCAUCUAAAAGCAAAAGAAAAGCAUUCUCACUUAUCGUACGUUCAUAUUGCUUGAAAUUGCAUUUUAACCAAUAAUUUGUAACUUUUGCGCAA